AUGUCCGACUACGUGACCAAUGAGCAGGACAUCACCGUCCAGGAUGAUAUCCAGGAUGUUGAGGAUCCUAUUGACGAGGACAUGGCCAACUCUGAUCAGCAACUCGCCAACGAUGAAAAGGAGGCUAUCGACCGCUCCAACAUUAUCGAUGAGCGUACCCGUCACGCAAAGCCCCAGACUGACAACGGAUACAACGAGGGUCCUUCCGAGGAUGAUCUCCCCUAA